AUGUUUUCUUCAUUCUCUGCAGAUCUCACAGUUGACAAGGUUAACCGACCACGCCCAAAGAGAAAGCAAGUUUCUCGUGCCUGCGACUGGUGCCGCCUGAACCGAAUCAAGUGUGACGACUCGCAGCCUUGUCAAAAUUGUGCCAAACGUGGGGGCCAUUGCACCCACAACAGAGAGAAAGAGUCGUCUCUAUCCUUGCCUGCAGCUAGCAGAGAGAUUCGACAACUGCGGCAACAGGUCACCAAGCUGCAGGAGCAGCUCAACCUUGCGAUCCAGCACACAACAGACCCGACUCCCGCAAAAUACACAUCACCGCCAGAAUCCAAUGGCACUACCCAAUCCACUACUCCCCAUCAUGAAAACUCCCAAGAGGCGUCAUCGUUACCUGUCCCGAGAUGGGAGGGUAUCCGAAUCCCUGAGGGGAGGCAAAGCGCCUUGAUUUAUUAUGGCCCGCUAUCAUCUCCCUACUUCGCUGAUCGCAUGAGUCGCCAUCUGUGGGAGAAGCUUGGAGAGUUAGAAUCGAAUCAUACAAGCUUACUAUUGGACUCUCAACUGACACUACCGGCGGGUAAUUUCCUGUUAUCCAGUGGCUUAGACCAGGACACGGCAAACCUGGGACUUGAGGACGAUCGGGCAUUCGAAGAGCUUUCGCGAGCCCAAGAAGAAUACUUCCUGGAUCUUCUCUGGCAGACAUUUAAUUGCAUAUAUCCUAUCAUAAUUGAAGACGAAUUUCGGGAACACUACGACUCGUUGUGGAGGACCUCUGCAAAUGAAACAAAACGUCAUUCUUCGACGCUUGUUGACAGCAUACUGGCUGUUUGCAUGCAAUACGGAAGCAAUUUCCUGACAAGCGAUGGUCAUGGGGAUAUAAGUGGGUAUCAUGUGGAAGCUGGGUCACGGAGUAGCUAUGCACUCUACAGCCGGUCCCAAAAACUUAUUCUCGAUGAACUCGAGACACCGUCACUUAUCACUUUGCAAAGUCAAGUAUACUGCGCUGUGUUUCUGUACAAUAAUUCUUCCUUGAAUGCAGCAUACAACUAUUUGAGGACUGCUGCGGGAACAGCUGAGACGUUAGGACUAAAUUCACAACCCAGUGACGGGCUUCCUCCUAGAGAAAGACAGUUGCAUCGCCGAAUUUGGUCAACUCUAUUUACACUUGAUAGCCAGAUAUCCAUGGUUCUUGGUCGACCGCCGCUCAUUGACAGAUGGGAGAUUGGUCACGACUUGGCAGUAGACAGCCAAGAAGACAGCAUCCUGUCUGGAUCCAAGUUGAUAUGCCCCAACAACGAAGAUAUCACUUGGCUCAGCUUUCACACCCAAUACUUUCGCCUGGUUUCGCUAGUGAGACGUGUCCAGAAUGAGUUUGAAGCCAGAUGCGUGCAGUUACUUGAAAGGAAAUCCACACGAACAAUUUACGAGGAUCCAUUCUCACUCGAAGAGCUCGCUGGCUUUCUUGCUCAAAAGGCUCGAAUUGUGUACGAGUGGGCACGCAAUGUCCCCGAGUCCCUCAAAAUCCCCCGAAAGGGCUCUGGAGAACCGCUUUCCACGGAGCGAACUCCUCUGAAUUUCGACCAAUUUAGUCCCAUAUGGCUACAGAGACAGAGACUUGUUCUGGAAAUCGUAUAUCAUCAUCUUCAGUUGUCAACUUUUCGGACCUUCUUGCGUUUCCCACCCGGAUCCUCAUCAAUUACACCUCUGUCUGAUUGUCACAGCAUCAAUUGUCUCAAUCAUGCUGUAGCUUUGACGAGAAUUUUACACCAAGUCCUUACCGAAACAGAUCUGCUGCGAGGAUGGUCCGCCAUUUUUCAAUAUCAAUGGGAUGCGGCGAUUAUCUGCCGCUUGCAAGAAAGGCAGCUCAAAAAAUGCGAGAAUCGGGCGUCCAAGCCGAGAAGCUCGCUGAGAGAUUUCACAAUACCUUGUCAUUGCGGAGGCCCGCGAAGAGAGACCACCUUGGCCAAAGUAAAGCGCCGGCUGCCCGGUCAGUAA